AUGCACGUCCGCUGGACAGAUCGAGCGCUCAACAGCGUCUUCUGCCACUACGACAACAAGAACUCCCUCACGCGGGACGAGCUCGCCAACGAACGCUCGUUCCUCGCCUACAUCCGGUGCACCACGACGCUGCUCGUGUCGUCCUUCUCCAUCACCCAGGUCGUCCUCCAGAUGAUCAUUCUCUCUGUGCGGCGGAUCACCGCCGUCGACGGGGUCGCCGGCGGCGGCGGCGGCAGCAGCAGCAGCAGCGACACCCUGCCGCUGCUAAUCGCAGCCUACGCAAGCAACAUCCACGACUACACACACUACUUCAAGCCGACCACGCUCUUGAUCUGCGCCGUCGCCGGCUUCUGCUCCUGCCUCGGCUUGAAGAAGGCCUGGCUCAACUUCUACAACCUCGCCGAGCGGGCCAAGUUCCAGCCCGGCUUGAUCGGCAUGGGGCUCCUCUUCCUCUCCGUCUUCGUCGUCGACGUCGUGCUUCUCCGCCAGAGCAUCGCCUUCGGCCUCCGGGAGUUCGCCAACUGA